GAUCACCCUUGGUCUCAGUUCAAAGGAGCACGAGCCCCAGAGACAUCUGUGUGGGAAUCUCUGUCUCCCUCUCACUGAGCCCAGGGUCUUCAUUUUGUAAUGUAGGCAGACUGGGCUGCAAAGAUAGUUCAGUGUUUGCCUAGCAAACAAGGGCCCGAGCUUGGUCCCAACUGCACACAAACGAAAAAAGUGAUGCUAUCGACCCUACUCUUUUGAAGCACAUCAAAGGCAGAUCUGAAACCCUGCCUGCCUUCAGGAAAAUGCUCCUGUCCAAGGUGCUUGCAGCCUUCUGGAUAAGAAGGCAGGACUCCACCUUUGGCACAGCUCCCAGCCCUGACGUAGUAGCUUGGCAACUGCUCUGUGUCUAUGAGGACGUACUAUGGCAGCCAAGAGAGUACUGGUAUAUCGAAAUGGGGACCCCUUCUUCCCAGGUCGCCAGCUGGUGGUAACCCAACGCCGCUACCCCACCAUGGAGGCUUUCCUUUAUGAGGUGACGUCAGUGGUGCAAGCCCCAUUGGCUAUACGUACCCUCUACACACUUUGUGAUGGCCGCCCCGUCACUGACCUGGCUGACUUACAGAACGGAGGGCAGUAUGUGGCAGCUGGCUUGGAACGACUCCACAAGGUCCAGAGUCUCGGGGACCCACCCCCUUACCUGGCUGCUUGUCUCAGUGUGUUCAGGAAUGGGGACCUACUAAGUCCUCCCUUUAGUCUGAAGCUGUCCCAGACUGCUAUCCAGGACUGGGAGAUGGUACUGAAGCUGCUGACUGAGAAGGCCACGUUACAGAGUGGGGCUGUACACAAACUCUGCACCCUCAAGGGGCUCCCACUGUCAGCAGGGACUGCUCUGGUGAGUGGCUCUUACUAUGUGGCUGUUGGAGAAGAAGAGUUCAAGGCCCUCCCCUAUAUGGAGCUGUUGGUGCCCAGCCCCUCUCUGUCCAUGGGCUGCUGGUAUCCUCCAGGCCGGAAGUAUAAGUCCCACAGGCAGGGGGGUCACAAGGCCCAGGCAGCUCAACCAGCCCUGCCUUCUCCAAAGGAGCCUAGACAAACUGAGCCAUCCACUUUCUACGCCAGAUCCCAGCAGUCCAUUCAGCCAGCAAGCAAGCUCUCUCCUCUCUCAUGUCCAUCAGGAGUUAAGGGCGUUUAUAGGGCUUCCUACCCAAGGAAGGAGACAGCUGGGGCUCAGGAAGUGGAUGAUGAUGAGAACACCCACACAGAGGAGCCUGUGGAUCAGAGGGCAGCAGAGACAGUGGAAGAGGCCUUGUCCCCAAACACCCGCCUGGGCCCAGAGCUGAAUCCUCACACAGCCGAUACUCCACCAUCUUAAGUGCCAGGAACUCCAGACAGAAACUGAGGACUGCCUCUCCAAGCUACCCCAGCCCCCAACUUUCAGCAGCCUGUUUCUGAGAAGCUAUGCCUCAUUGGGCUCACAGUAGAUAUGGCCUCCUUAGCCUCUCUCCCUUCAUAAACUCAGGAAGUUCUGAGGAGUUGACUUCCUUAUGUGAUUCCCUGCCAGAGAAAGGCACUACAGGCUGGGUUUAGGAGCAGGCCUGCCACAAUAAAAUAAUAUUUGCUAAGCUU